AUGCGGCUGGCUUCCGCAUUGGCAGUCCUUUGGACUGCCCUCUUGCCCCUCAUACAGUGUUCCAGGUUGACACCGCCUGUCCUUCCGCUCAUUGUGCGAAACCCUUAUCUGAGUACAUGGCUGCCCAAUGCGAGGGGCAUGCCCUGGGAGAAAUGGCCUAUGUUCUGGACCGGCCAGGAGGUCGGGCUGUCCGUUAUGGCCCGGGUCCCCAGCGAGGCAAGAGUCUAUCCAUUGCUAGGAAGACCACAAGACUCGCUGCCCAGGGAUGACGACAGCUUCAACCUUUCUAUCCCAAUAUACCGUGGUGCUCAAUACGAUGCAUCUACCACGAAUCUGUCCUAUUCGCUUCCGCUCUCUUCCUCCCGUAAGGUCGACGUUACUCUUUCUUUUUUGUCUCCUAUAACGCCCACCUCGACCCUUCGGCAAUCCAUUCCCGCGAGCUACAUAACAGUUUACGUUUCCGGUAACGUCCCCGUGGAGAUCUACCUGGAUCUCAAUGGCUUGUGGGUUAGCGGAGAUCGAGGGAGCAAGAUCAAUUGGAUGUACUUCGACAACCCAUAUAGCAUGGAUUCGCAGCUUUCGAAGCCUGGAUUUCCUGGGUUUGGUGAAUGGGUGGUCAAGCGCGAAAUCCAACAGCUAUUUACUGAGUUCAUGGAUCGUUCCGAAUGGGGCAGCCUGCACUUCUUGGGUCCUUUGGAUGCCCUGCACCAAGGAGGCACGUCGGCUGUAGUAAGGCAGCAUUUUGCGAGGGCUGGGUCCCUCAACGGAUCAGUCGACGAUCGAUUCCGCUCGAUCAUGGAUGAUGAACCAGUGUUUGCCUUUUCAAAAUCCUUCAACCUGAAUACCAGCACCUAUUCUGUCCUCGAGGAUAGCGCCACAUUUACUGUCGCCCACAUUCAAGAUCCUGUCGUCCAGUUUGCCUCCGCUCGUGGCUUGACUCUCAUGCGACCCUUUUGGGAGUCCUACUUCCAGACUGACCGCCAGCUGCUCACCUUCCAUUACCUGGACUUCCCUAAUGCGAAAGCACUCGCAGCCAACUACUCCGCCCAACUCGCCAUCGAUGCCUACAAGUCGGGUGCUGAGGACUACGUUGAUAUUGUGGCCCUGUCUGCUCGACAAGUCCUCGGAGCUACGAGCUUCUCGGGUACUCCCGACGAUCCAAUCUUGUUCCUUAAGGAAAUUUCGUCCAACGGCAACUUCCAGACAAUUGAUGUUAUCUUCCCGGCAUUUCCAUUUUUCCUAUAUACGAACCCCCAGUGGCUUGGAUAUCUCCUUGAACCUUUGAUCGAGCACAUGCUUAGUGGGCAGUAUCCUAACAAGUAUGCCAUGCAUGACCUUGGCACGCAUUUCCCGAAUGCUACUGGUCAUCCCGAUGGAGCAGAUGAAUAUAUGCCGGUUGAGGAAUGUGGAAACAUCCUUAUCAUGGGUCUCGCAUUGGCCAAUGCGCUGAAGGAUGGAGCGAACACGUCACUAUCCUCGACGUGGAAGGCAACGGACGGAUCCUCGACGGUCAAGACCGACGGUGAGAGCAUUGCUCCUUUAACCGUGGGGCAGCAAAAUGGCAUCUCAUAUAUCGAUGAACCCUGGUUUGGUCAAGCAAAGAACGUUAAGCGGGCGAAGAAAUGGGUCAGCAGAAGUUAUCGAUUGUGGAAGCAAUGGACUAGCUAUCUUGUGGAGUACUCGUUGGAGCCUCACAAUCAGCUAUCAACCGAUGAUUUUGCUGGGUGGCUGGCGUUGCAGACCAAUCUGGCGCUCAAAGGCAUUAUUGGAAUCAAGGCCAUGGCCGGCCUGGCCGAGCUGACUGGCAACCACGAGGAUGCCAAAUCCUACAACAACAUCUCGGAAGUUUAUAUUGCGAAAUGGGAAGAAUUCGGAAUUUCGCGAGACAAGACGCAUGCGAAGCUAGCAUAUCACUGGUAUGGGUCCUGGACGACCACCUACAAUCUUUAUGCAGACAGUCAGCUGUGUUUCCACUUGGGUCAAAAGGCUUCUGCAAGCCCGGAUGCCAGCAUUUCUGGACGGUACAAGUUGCAGAAGCUAUUGAAGCACAUCGACGGCGACAAAGCGGGCUUUGUGCCUAAACAUAUCUACCAAAUGCAGAGCGAUUGGUACUAUGCUGUUCGACAGAAGUAUGGCUUACCGUUGGAUUCAAGACAUCUUUACACCAAAACAGAUUGGGAAUUCUUCGCCAUGGCAGUGGCGGCACCGAAAGUUCGAGCCGAGAUCUUGCAGUCGGUUGCCAAAUGGGUCAAUGAGACGAGUACGGAUCGGCCGUUGACGGAUUUGCAUGACACUGAAGGUAGUGGAGGAUUCCCGGGCCCCAAUUUCUUCGCGCGGCCCGUGGUGGGUGGCCAUUUUGCAUUCUUAGCAUUGGGACAAGCGUGCAACGGCCAAGCCAUGGCCGGUCUGGAGUUUUUGGACGACAGCGUGGCCAAGGAGAUGGACGUACAGGGUAUACUUGACGCAGAACGAGCGGAGAGUAUCUCUCACGACGGAGAACUAUAG